AUGAUUGUGCGGUAUGCCGCCGUUUUCUUUCCCCUUCUAUUCUCUCUUUCGGGGGCCCACGUCGAGGUGUCCGACUCCCACAUCUCCCUAUCUAACUCGACAUACCAGAUCUCUCCCAAGGCCAUCGUUUCCGACGCAUGCGCCUCGUACUCGACUCUCGACAGACUGAAUACCAAGGUCAAGCCCCUCGUUGAUGACCUUACGAGAUCGACCGACUUCUUCUCCCACUAUCGACUGAAUCUCUUCCACAAGAAGUGCCCCUUCUGGAACGACGAAAAUGGCAUGUGCGGCAAUAUCGCUUGCGCCGUCGAGACGCUUGACAACGAGGAGGACAUCCCCGAGGUCUGGAGGGCGAGUGAGCUGGGGAAGCUGGAGGGCCCGCUUGCGAAACACCCCCCGAGAAAGGUACAGCAUGAGCGCCCUGAGCGGCCCCUGCAGGGAAAGCUGGGUGAGGAGGUCGGUGAGAGCUGCGUGGUGGAAUACGACGAUGAGUGUGACGAGCGAGACUACUGUGUGCCCGAGGACGAGAGUGCGAGCUCCAAGGGCGACUACGUGAGCCUCCUCCGCAACCCCGAGCGCUUCACCGGAUACGGUGGCUUCGGUGCCGCUCAGGUAUGGGACGCUAUCUACCGCGAGAACUGUUUCCAGAAGAGCUCUUUUCCGCACUCGGCGUCUCUGGGGCAGUCGCAGGUCAGUCACAAGGGCCCCGCGGCUCAAGACUUUCGGCAGGUCCUCGAGGCGGUAGGGCGGCAGCAGGCGCUUGAGCAAAUGCGGGAGACGCAGCCGAACGCCCCAUUCGUGGCUCAGACCGGCCUCGAGGUCGAGGACGAGUGCCUCGAGAAGCGUGUUUUCUACCGCGUCAUCUCGGGCAUGCACGCAAGCAUCAGCACCCACCUUUGCUGGGAUUUCCUCAACCAGACCACCGGUCAGUGGCAGCCCAAUGUAGCCUGUUACCGGACCCGACUGCAUACCCACCCGGAGCGCAUUAGCAACCUAUACUUUAACUACGCCCUGGUCACCCGCGCCGUCGCCAAGCUGGGCCCCUACCUUCAGGGUCGCGACUACACCUUCUGCUCCGGUGACAUUGACCAGGACGCCUCGACAAGGGCCAAGGUCCUCGAGGUGACAGAAGGCGCUGCUAGCGUGCCCCAAAUCUUCGACGAGAGCCUCAUGUUUAAGAACGGCGAGGGCCCGUCGCUGAAGGAGGAUUUUCGCAACCGCUUCCGCAACAUCAGCCGUGUCAUGGACUGUGUUGGAUGCGACAAGUGCCGCCUUUGGGGCAAGCUGCAGACCGCCGGCUAUGGCACCGCGCUCAAAGUUCUGUUCGAAUUCGACAACGCCAGCGAAGACAUACCUGUGCUGAAGCGUACCGAGCUUGUCGCCCUCUUCAACACGUACGCUCGAAUUAGCAGCUCCCUCGAUGCCAUCACCAAAUUCCGCGCCAUGAUCGAUUCAGAGGAUGCACUCACCGCUGCGUCUGCCACUGCCCCCAACUUGCCCAAAUCCGCUUCCGAAGACAUCCCCGACCGAGCAAAGAAGCCUCACCACGUGGUGAUAUUGCCCGAGACGGAGUCCAUGGAGAAGGAGGACCCGGAGGACGAAUACGCCGAGGAUGAGCCACGACGCGAGGAGACCCUAACUGACGCCUUGGGGGAAGAGUUUGAUCGCGUCAUCAAGGCCUUUAACUUCGUCCUGCGCCGUUGGCUCUCAUUCCCCAAGACUUUUUUUAACGUUGCCGUUGUUGAGCUGAUCCGAUUCUACCAGUUCUUUGUCGGCCUCCCCGUGAGCGAAAGGAACUGGAGCUUCGAGCGACCUGUCGUAGAUGAGUUGUAA